AUCAGCCAAACUCAAACCAAUUUGCUUCACUUUAGCUCAUCAUCCCAACCAUGGAGCUCUUCACCCUCGUCCUCCUCUCCUCGGCCUCCCUCCUCAUCUUCGGCCUCAUCUACGCCUCCCUGGGGACCCGGAAAACGGGCCACAAGAACCUUCCGCCGGGCAGCUUUGGGUGGCCCAUCAUGGGUGAGACGAUCGAGUUCCUGUUCGGGAAGCCCGACAAGUUCGUGUUCGACAGGAUGAAAAAGUACUCCCCUGACAUCUUCAAGACAAGGAUACUCGGCGAGGACACCGCGGUCAUCUGUGGGCCCAGCGGCCACAAGUUCCUCUUCUCCAAUGAGCAGAAGCUCUUCACCGCCUUCCGCCCUCACUCCAUGCAGAAGCUCUUCCGCUCGUACAAGGCCGCCGCCGGCGCCCCACCACCACCAGCCACUUCCGAGGACCGGGCCAAGGUUAAUCGGGAUGAGGAAGCCAAGGUGAUCCGCUCACCCGGGUUCCUGAAACCGGAGGCACUCGUCCGGUACUUGGGCAAGAUGGACUCCAUCACCCAGCAGCAAAUCCAGAUUCAGUGGGAGGGGAAGGAUCUGGUCAAGGCCUAUCCCUUCACUAAGUCCCUAACCCUGACACUUGCCUGCCGGUUCUUCCUCGGGACGGAUGAUCCUGAAAGAAUAGCCAGGCUAGUCGACAACUUCGAUGACAUGACCGUGGGGAUGCACUCGAUCACCGUCAACUUCCCCGGCACGAUCUUCCACAAGGCUAACAAGGCUGCCGCCGCCAUCAGGAAGGAGCUCCGGCAUGUAAUCGCAGAGAAGAAGGCUGCAAUGUCGAGCGGGGCACCUAUGGGUGAUAUACUGUCACACAUGAUCGUCGCAACGGACCCCACCGGGAAGUACAUGCCUGAGGCCGAGAUCGCCGACAAGAUCAUGGGGCUGCUGACCGCCGGGUACAGCACGGUGGCCACCGCCAUGACUUUCUUCAUGAAGUACGUCGGGGAGAGGCCUGACGUUUACCAGAAGGUCUAUGAUGAGCAAACGAAGGUAGCAGCAGCCAAGAAGGAAGGGGAAUUGCUUGACUGGGAAGACAUACAGAAGAUGAAGUACUCAUGGAAUGCGAUGAAUGAAGUGAUGAGGCUGACCCCUCCAUUGCAGGGCACUUUCAGAGAGGUCCUUGCUGAUUUCACCUAUGCUGGCUAUACCAUUCCUAAGGGCUGGAAGGUAUACUGGACCGUUAGCACCACGAACAAGGACCCGCAGUACUUCCCAGAACCAGAGAAAUUUGACCCGUCGAGGUACGAAGAGGGCAACACCUUCCCUCCCUUCACGUUCGUCCCCUUUGGGGGCGGGCCAAGGAUGUGCCCCGGGAAAGAGUACGCCCGUCUGGCGACCCUCACCUUUGUCCACAACAUCGUGAAGAGGUACAAAUGGGAGGUCAUCGACCGUAAAGAGAAGAUUUUAGGCGAUAUGAUGCCCACUCCGCAAAAGGGGCUCCCUGUUCGCCUCCACCGUCACUGAAUUUAAUGAAGGAUCGAUUCAUGCUGGUUACUUCCAUUGCCAUUGCCCCAAACCACCCAAUUCAAACCAUGGACUUUUCCAUACAUGCGUUCAUUUCGUAGCUUGCUUGAUUUGGAAACAUUAUUAAGGAAAUCUUAUGUUCAACUCUUCUUUUCUUAUAUGUGUAAUAACUUCACAUGUAAUUAAAAAUCUCGAUACCAUAAAUGUAAUCGCGAAUUUCUCUUUGAGCUAGAGAUAGACUAGCCCUGAUUCCUCA